CCACCCACUCCCACCAUGAAGAGGGAAAUACUGACUCUGGCCUUUGCUCGCUCCGUCUUUGUUGAGUUUAUCUCCACACUCAUCUUCGUCUUCAUCGGCCUGGGCUCAGCCUUGAAGUGGCCGUCAGCGCUGCCCAGCAUCCUGCAGAUCUCUCUGGCCUUCGGCCUGGCCAUCGGGACGCUGGUGCAGGCGUUUGGCCACAUCAGCGGCGCCCACAUCAACCCGGCCGUGACCAUCGCCUUCUUCGUGGGGAACCAGAUCUCCUUCCUCCGGACGCUCUUCUACGUGAUCGCCCAGCUGGUCGGGGCCAUCGCCGGGGCCGGCAUCCUCUACGGGGUGACGCCAGCCAACACCCGUGGCAACCUGGCCAUCAACGCGCUCAACAACAACACUACUCCAGGCCAGGCUCUCGUGGUGGAAAUCAUACUCACCUUCCAGCUGGCUGCAUGCAUCUUUGCAUCCACAGACAACCGGAGGAACGGCAACGUGGGCUCCCCAGCACUGUCCAUCGGCCUCUCUGUCGCCGUGGGCCACUUGGUGGGGAUCUACUUCACUGGCUGCUCCAUGAAUCCCGCCCGGUCCUUCGGGCCCGCGGUCAUCGUGCAGAGGUUCAGCCCCGCACACUGGGUGUUCUGGGUUGGACCCAUCCUCGGGGCUUGCUUGGCUGCUCUGCUCUACUUCUACAUCCUUGUACCAUACUGCAUGAACAUGUCAGAUAGGGUUGCCAUCAUCAAGGGCACUUACGAGUCAGAGGAGGAGUGGGAAGAGCAGAGAGAGGAGAGGAAGAAGUCCAUGGAGUUGACCCCACCGUAGGAAUAGUUGGGAAAAAAACAAGCAA